AUGCCGCUCUCCGCCCAAGGUGUGCUGAAGUUUCUCAAUGACCAACACCGCCGCUAUGAGGUCUUUGAGCAGAUCUCCCUGACCGGGGCAGGGACUGGAGGUGCUCCCUUGUCGACGCAUGUGCUUUUCGACUCUGCCGUCGUACCGAAGUCGGACUGCGACGGCGCUGGUGGCGGUGGAAAUGCUGGCAGCACGGCAGACGGCGUCAUCCACGCAACCACAACCCCUAAGGUGACUGUGCGCACGCCAUCCUCGCGGGUCUUGCAGCUCCCCUGGCCACCGCUCCAGCUUCAGGGACCUACCCCAACUCAGGCGCACGGUACCAUGUACGUGUGCGAGCUCCCGGAGGGCAUGUGGAACUCGAUCGCUGCCAUCACACCCACGACAGCACCGUCGCAACAGCAGCUCGUCUUCAGCACCGAAGCUCCAGCUUUCUGCACUUCUCAGGAUCCUAGCUUUGAGUACCCCGGGGACGACGGAGACGGCGAGCGUUCAGAGCGGUCGCUUCCAAUAACCCCGACGAUAACUCCCAUAGGCGCCAUCGAUCACAAGGACUAUGCCGAGGAGAUGCAAGGGGAACCGGGAAGACUCAGCAACUAUGAUAAGAGUCUGUUUGCCUCAACUGGAGAUCCAGGUUCAGUGGCAGCAGUGGAGGGCAUUCAGCUACCACAGUUCUCUUGCACAACCGGACAGCGCGUGAUGGAGUUGUCCACAUCUCCGCAGGCGCUGCAGGCUCCUGGGGAGGACUUGAAGAAGGCCUCACAUGCGAUGCAGGCGGGGUGGAAAGGGACGGACACGAGCUCUAUUCGGUUGCAGUCACAGCUAAGCCAGCCACCUGGUGCGGCCGCUGCCGAAGCUCUUGUAAAGAGACAUAGCGACACUGUCACUGUUGUUCUGUGGGUUGCAGGUGAUGCUGCUGCAAGGGCGGUUGGCACGACAGUCAUUUCGCAGGUAGAGGGCGUCUCCUACCCGUUCACUUCGGCAUCACAAGCCACGCCGCCGUGCCAGCGCGAUCCGCAGUUCUCGCCUUUCACGGCCACGGCAUUUCCGAAGGCGGCCGCUUCUGCGGUCACCCCAGUUGGAAGCACCGACAGUGGCGAAAGCCUGCCAGGGUGCCUCUGCUUUGCUGUACGUGAUAUCGAUGAGGCAGAGAGCAACGACACCGAUUUUUUGACGCCACGCGAUCGUCGUGUGCAGAUGCUGACGCUGCAACUGGAAUCGGGCGCGGUCGCCUAUGCAGCGAAGUGCAUAUCCGAUGCGCUUGUGCGUGUCUCCAGCAACUCGCCAUGGUACGGUCUCAUGUCACCGCCGGGGAUCGGUGGCGACGGUGUCUCUCCCUUAGUGGACCGCCCUGUGCCGAGCAGCAUUUCCUUUGUGUUCCACAAAGGCGGCAUCACGCGAUGUAUAGCCGCGCUGCGGCAGAACUCGCCUGGGCUCAUCUACGCGUGCCGCGGUGGUCGCAAUACCUUGUCGCUUUCCUUGCUGGAUGGUGCUAGCGGCGCUACGGGUGCUGAUGGCAGCCGCAUCUCUUCGCCGUCAACGAGCCGGGGUGCCGCAAAUCCAUUCGAGCCGCCGGCGUCGCACGGGGUGGCCCAAGUCGGUAGCGCGCUUCUGAGGCCUUCGUCAUCACCAGCGGGCGGCGGCACCACUAGCGCUGGCGCCUCGCAGAUGCAGCUACUCACGGGAGAGAUGCAAGGCUGGCGUAAGCGGCUUACCACCAGUGUGCUCUUCCAUGGUGGCAUCAGCGGAGUCCGCGGGCUACUCCCUCACUACGUUUCUACACAGCGCAACGAAGCCAUGAGCACGAUGGCACCGCACUCGUCAUACGCGUGGACAACUUCGUCACCGCAGGCGCCGCUGUCGAAGCAGCGCGCGGGCGACGUAGAUGGCCGCUAUGGCAAGAGAGGAAAACGCGGCAAUAGCCGCACACGCGCAGGAGCGUCGACGACGAACUCGCCGGCAUCGGGGCAAGACAAAUCAAGCGCCUCCUCCUUUGAGGAUCUCACGGACGAGAUGACGGCGAUACGGCUCGGCUCAUGUUACUCUCCGCCUCGUCCAGCCCUCGCACAGGACGGCGGCCGUGGCGGAGGCAGUGCACCAGUUCUGCUCACUGCGGCAGACUGGGAGCUCGUCUUUGACGCCCCGUGUGAGCUGCAGCGCUAUCCGCAGCAGCACGGGGAUGUACCGGAGAACCACACAACACACGGUGCGACUUCGACACCGGCGCCGCCGCAGGCAAGGAGAUUGAACGCGGACCGCUGGCGGGCCUUUCGUCAAGCGGUAUACGAGCGAGGCGGGCUGGCCGAUGACAAAAUCCGCUUCGAGGUCUGGUGCUACCUGCUCGGAGCCUACGCUGUAGGCUCCACUGAGGCCGAGCAAGCAGAGGUGCGCAGGAAAGAAGAGGAUCUCUACAUGCGUCUUACAUCCCAGUGGAAGUCGUUUCUGCCUGAGCAGGAAAAGCACUUCGCCGCCUACCGGGGCGCCAAGCUCUCCAUCAUGAAGGAUGUACAGAGGACCGACCGUGCGCACCCGGCCUUUUGCGAGGAUGACUCCGACAUGCUCCGUGUUCUGCAGGAGCUCUUGUUGGCGCAUGUGAUGCUGGACAUGGAUCUUGGCUACAGUCAGGGCAUGAGCGACGUCGCGGCGGUGGCGUUGCUGGUCACGUCAGCCUCGCUUCCUCCUGCACCACAUCCGUUGCCGGCGUCUGAGGCCGCCAUGUUCAUGUGCUAUCGCAGGAUACUGAGCGAGCACAUGUCGACAAACUUUACCAUUGAGGCACGCAUGGCGGGCGCGCCGUACGCGGCUGUGAAGGGGCUGCAGCGCAAGCUGUACCAGACGCAGGUGCUGGUGCGGCACUUCCACCCGGGCCUGUACAAACAUCUCACACAAAACUGCAUGGUGGAGGACAUGUCUUUCUGCCUCCGCUGGAUCCUGGUCUGCUUCAAGCGCGAUCUGCCGAGCAUUGCGGACACGAUGCGCUUCUGGGAUGUGCUUUUUGCCUGCCCGUACACCACAUCGUACGAGGUGGUCGUCACGGUGGCGCUACUUGGCGCACUCGCCCCCCAGAUCAUAACUCACAUACAGGCGCCCGAGACGCUCCUACAGUUUACGAACGUGCUGAGCUCUGGAGCAAGCCUCGACCAGAUUCUUGUGUGUGCGCGGCAGUUCUAUGAGAACGUCUGCGUCGUUGAGGCACGCGAACUGCGCCUGUGUCUGCGUCGCCAGGCCGCUGGAGCCACAGCAAUUGCGAGGGGCGGUGCACGAACUGGCGGCGCUGACGAGCCGAUGCCUGGUUGCUCUGGUGGUCCAAACGCCAAGGCAGCGGCAACGCCGGUGCUCUUGCCAGCAGGGAAGGUCGACGUUGGCGAUGACGAUGCCGACUACUUCCCAAGCGUCGAGGAAAUGGUCCAGUUGUUUCUCCAGACGGAUGGACCUCUUUGA